GAAGAGUUUCCGGUGUACGUCACUGCGGAGGAAACAACAUGGAGGUGCACAUGGAUAAGUUGAUGUACUAAUUUGAGUGUUUAAAGAUCGUAUGUCUAGAUUGCUCGCCAGGAGUACAACCACAUUUGCAGGAGCUGACGGCGGGCAGGUAAUAGUUGGAGAUCAGCUGUGUUGAAGUUAGCGUUGACUUAUAGGUAACCAAACCUAACGAGCUGUUACAAGAUUUAGAAACAUGUCGCUCUUGGGGAAGUUGAGACCGCUGUUGUCGUUUCUUCAGGUUUCACCUGUCUCCCAGUGGUCUACUCCCGUCCUCUCCAGGACGAUGGCCACCCUAAACCAGAUGCAUCGUCAGGGCAAGCCCACUUCUGGGCCACCGAAGGUCAGCGUUACGUUCGGACGGCCGCAGCUGAAAGCGGUGGUGCUGAAAACCAUGAUCCGCAAACCCAAGAAGCCCAACUCGGCCAACCGCAAGUGCGCCCGCGUCCGGCUGUCCAACGGCAAGGAGGCCGUGGUGUUCAUCCCCGGCGAGGGGCACAACCUGCAGGAGCACAACGUGGUGUUGGUGCAGGGGGGCAGAACGCAGGACCUGCCCGGUGUCAAGCUGACUGUGGUCAGGGGCAAAUAUGACUGUGCCCACGUGGUGAAGAAAAAACAGUGAUUUCAGGAAGAGGCGAUGCUUGUUUGUGCACUGUAUUUCAUAUUAUAUAUUCUGUGUUGUGUGUGUUUGAAUGUGGAAUAAAUGCAGAAUAAAUGCAGAGGCCAAAUUUCCCUCA